GUAAGAAUCCUGAGAAUUUAAUCAGAAUUCUGACUUACAUGAAAGUCAGAAAUCUUGAUCGUAAUGAGGGAUUUUUUUGCAUUUUUUAUGGUGAAAUCAUUGGCCGCCUUUGAUGGCACUUCCCCCUCUCAGUCCGAAUGGGACCUCUAGCGCUGUCAAUAGCACUGAAAGAUGAACAGCAAAUGCAGACUUUAACUCAUUGUCUGCCAUUGACGUAGCUAAACAUCCAAAUAGUCACUCGGACUCACACAAUAGGUAUUAAAUACAGUCCUGUGUUUAAAACUUUAAAAGUGAGAAUCCUGCCAACUAUUUUUUCCUUCACUGGCCCUAAUCAUCUUCCGUACAUUCACACAGUCGUUACACAGACAUUUAUUACGACUGUGUGUGUAGUUGUCAGAGUGAUCCGCACCACCUAUGAGAAGCUCAUAGUGUGGACUCAGGAAGCAAACGGGCCUUAUCAGAGGCAGACAGUCAAACCGAUGUGGGCCAUGGAGGUUGGCGAGGUAUGCGAGGGUCCAUAUGUGAGUGUGUGUAUGUGUGUGUGUGUGUGUAUGGGGGGUUUUGGUGCUGCUGCUGGUGGUGGUGGGAGGAACUUCCUCCUAUUCUUCUGCUGUUGAAGAGUUCCCAUGAGCGCCCUUGCCAGCAGCGACACUGUAGCCGGAGCACCAGUCUCGACUCGGUGUCGCCGGUGUUUCAUGUGAGCGGACAAUCUGGAAGAAGAAGUACCUGAAGAAGAAGAAUGCAACCUCAAUGAUAUUUUUACCACCAAUUAUUAAAUGGAACAAAGUUCAGCACUCGCAUCUACGAACUUCCCAGGAAUUGGAUGUUUUCCACAACAACAGAAUUGACGCUGAGAUGAUCCACAACACGCUGAAGACCACUCAGGAGGAGGAGGAGACGCAAAGUCCUGUCCGCACACAAUCGGCCGCACAGAGGCGGCUUUGGAGGUAUUCGGGCUGCAAGGGGACCAGGAGGCCGGAAAGUCAGCGCCGCAGCGUGUGCGUGCUGUCGGCCGACUUGAACGGGACGGCGGGGGGGAGAGUAGGAGGAGGGGCAGUGAUGCACACCAUUCACGGGUUGUGUCACCUCUGCAUCGGAUGUAGGCUACCACAGGUGACCAUCCUUCGAGGAAAGGAUGGAUAUGGAUUCACCAUCUGCUCAGAUUCGCCCGUGAGGGUGCAGGCUGUUGACCCAGGAGGACCUGCGGACCAGGCGGGUCUGCAGCAGUUGGAUACGCUCCUGCAGCUCAAUGGUCAGCCUGUGGAGCAGUGGAAAUGUGCAGACUUGGCCCAUGCAAUUAGAAACAGCGCGAAUGAAAUCACAGUGGUGGUGUGGCGCACUGGCCCCUCAGCCAAACCAAACUUCGAGGGUCUCAUCCACCGACCUUCCUACAAGCCGUCCACCUCCAACUACGAGGCGCCCUCUCCACCGGCCCCUCGCCGCGUCCCGGACAUGGGCGCCGGUCGAACCCCGCCUGCUGUGCCGCCGCUCCCCGCGCACCACCGGGCCACUGCUGCUCGCCGGCUCCUUGUUAACGGUUCUGACGGUGUUGGCGGGGGCUUAGGAACGGGCACCCUGAGGUGGGGCGCCGGGGCCGGCUCGGCUGAGGAGCUGGACGGCAAGUCGCGGCACAUCCAGCAUCCUCACACCGCCACGCUGAAGGGAACAAGGGUGAAGGCGUCCAACGGGGACAACUACAUCAUCCUGGCCCCCUUCGACCCCGGAAGCCAGAUCUUGAGGCCAGUUUAUCAAGACAAUCAGGGAACAUUAGCCAGCAGGUUGUAUCCCACGCGGCAGGCCUCUGCGGCACCUAACCAGUCCGCCAGUACCGGUGUUGGAGUGGGAACCUUUUUGCCCGGGUCAAGUGGAGGCGGUCCUUUCUCCAGUCGCACCGGUUUCCUUCGCCGCUCCAACAACGCCAAGACGUCAAAAAUCGCCUCCGCUGGUAGUGGCGUGCCCAACUACCAGCAGCACAGUGCUAACAUUGCCAACUACCAGAACUGCACCAUCGUACGCUCUCACGUCCCUCAUGGUAAUUACGGAUACGUCUCCGUUGCACCCAAGAUACUCAUCUUCCCCAUCUUUGUUCAGCCUCUGGACCUGUGCAGCCGAGCUCUCAUCAUAACAGAGGAGAUGAUAUUGCAUGAGAGCAAGCAUCACUCCCUCAAGGUUACCGUGUUCGUCUACACAGACCUAAUGUUGGUGACGAGAGAAGACGAACCUGGCAAGUGUAAUGUCCUCCAGAGCCCUUUGUACCUGAGACACCUGCGACUACAGGAUGAUUACGUCGAAGAACUCAGAUUCUACCUUAUUCACAUGACCGAGAAGUGCGACUGCCUGCUCAGCCUGGAAGCGUUCUCGUCCGAGCAGAAGCAUCGCGUGUGCCAGUGCCUCAAAGACAACAUCGACAAGCAGCUCCACCUUCAAAGGAGGGAGCCCGCCGUUCAGCAUUUUGACCAGAUGUUGGAGCCAAAGGUGGACGUACCCUCUUGUGAGUUGGGGGGAGUCACGGGCGAUCGUGGGGGCGUCUGCCUCCACCUUCCGCCCCGUAAUUCGGAGGGAGAAGAAAGCAGCCUUUAUCCGUCCAGCCCCUCUGAACCCUUGACCCUAAGCAGCCCUCACCCCUCAGAGCCUUUGAGCCCACUCAAUGAGGUCUACCUGCCCCUUGGUAGUCUGGGCGGGUCGGAGGAGCGCCACAAGGUGCCCCCCACGCCUCCGCCUUCCACCGAGGGUGAGGACUGGAAGAGCGUGGAGGGGCACGAGAUGGAGAUCUGGAGAGAAGUGGACCGUAGAGAAGAAGAGUAUGAAGAAGAGGAGGCUGUGAGCAGGAAAAGUGAGUUGGAGGCAGACGUAGAACAAGAGGGAGAGGAAGUUCACCUCCACCUGCUGGUGUCAAACACCGACGAAGACAAUGCCUCGGAGCAGCUGGACACCAACGCGCCUCCUUCCUCCUCUUCGUCCUCCUUCGUCAUCCCCGAGCUACGCCUGGACCGCUCCUUCAGCGCCGACGCACUCUCCUCGCCCAACACCGACGAAGAAGAAUACGACGAGGAGGAGGAGGAGGACGACGACGAUGAUGAGGAUUCUGAGGAAGACGACAGCGACGAUGCCUACCUGCAACGUGUUGACAGCAAACGGCGCUCUAUGGUGGAGGGCGCCACCUGCGAGAAGCACGGCGGCGGAGGUCUCAGCGUGCAGAACUCGCUGCGAAGGCGCACCCACAGCGAGGGUAGCCUACUGCAGGACCCUCGCACGCCAUGCUUUACCUCUGACAACGCCAUCAACUGUUUGGAGGUGGGCGGAGCGCACCACAAGGGCGGCUGGACGCUGCCCUCGCCCAAGACGCUGAAGAAAGAGCUGACCAAGAACGGAGGAUCCAUGCAUCAGCUGUACAUGCUCUUCUCUGGGAGGAAGGUCGUCAAACAAUGAGCAGAGUGAGUGAUGAUGAGACCAAUCAGACCAGACUUGCUAGGGAGAGUCACACCAGUGAUGACUCAUGGAUCUUCGAGUACAAACCGGAGACCAAUCGCCCGAGCCUUCAGUUGAAGAGUCCGACGGCUCCAAAAACAAAGAAAGCAAGACAUGGUACUCCAGAGUCAAGUUACAUUGAUGGUAUUCAUCAAUGUCAGGGCCAUCGUUCUUGUCACGUGGUCUGAAGAUCAACUGUCUACAAAGAAAUUCGGACGUUUCCUUCAGAGACUAGUUUCAGCAGGACAACUUGUGGCAGUUUCACCAAGUCUGCUAUGCCUUCGCACAGUGCCCUGAGCAACGUUCCUUCUCACCGUGCCUGGCUUCAGAAGAUCCUGCAGGAAUCAUUCCAAUAGAUGGCCGGGAAUUUUCGUUAGCCUCCUCAAAGGGAAAACUUGCAGUUUGGAUUAGAAAUCUAUCUUUUGUGACACCAGUCCUUGAAUUUUUCUCACCUCAUGCUGACAUAGGACCCUUCACAUUUUAAGCUUUCAAGUACAGUCAUAAACUCAUUCUAUCGUUAACUCACUGGCUGCCAUUGACGGUAGUAGAUGCCCAAUCCAGUAAUAAACAACAGUGGUAUGAAAAAGUAUCUGAACCUUUUGGAAUUUCUCACAUUUCUGCACAAAAUGACCAUCAAAUGUGAUCUGAUCUUUGUCAAAAUCACACAGAUGAAAAAAACAGACAAACAUUUAUAGGUUUUCAUAUUUGAAUGAGGAUAGCAUGCAAACAAUGACAGAAGGAGGAAAAAAAGGUAAGUGAACCCUAUGCCUAAGGAGACUUAAAGAGAAAUUGGAACACAAACAACUUAACAAUUUAAAGUCAGGUGUGAGCCCAAUCACUGAUGAGUGGUUAAAAGCUGCCCUGUCCAGUAUAAAACAAAGUAAGAAUUGGUAAGAAUUGUCUUGAUGAGAAGCAUUGUCUGAUGUGCAUCAUGACUCGGUCAAAAGAGCUGUCUGAGGACCUGCGAUCAAGGAUUGUUGAUUUGUAUAAAGCUGGGAAAGGAUACAAAACCAUCUAUCUCUAAAAGUCUUGAUGUUCAUCAAUGGACAGUCAAAGACGUUAUCUACAAAUUGAGAGAGUUCGCACUGUUGCUUCACUUCCAAAGAGUGGCCGUCAACCAAAGAAAAUGUCAAGCGUUCAGCGCAGAAUAAUCAGAAAGGUAAAAAAGAACCGUUGAGUGUCUGCUAAAGACUUACAGAAAUCACUGGCACAGUCCAAUAUGUCUGGCCAAGAAUGGUGUCCACGGAGGAAGCCGCUGCUGUCUAAAAAAAAAACAAAAAAACAUUGUUGCUCGUUUAAUGUUCGCAAAAAGGCACUUGGACCUUCCACAAAAGUUUUGGCUAAAUAUUUUGUGGACUGAUGAUAUCAAAGUUGAAUUGUUUGGGAGUAACACACAACGUCAUGUGUGGAGAAAAAAAUGGAACAUCUCACCAACAUUAACACCUCAUCCCCACCGUGAUGCAUAGUGGAGGAAGCAUUGUGAUUUGGGGCUGUUUUGCUGCCUCGGGGCCUAGACAACUUGCAAUCAUUAAUGGAAGAAUGAAUUCAAAAGUUCAUCAGGAUGUUUUACAGGAAAACCUGAGGCUGUCUGUCACAGUUGAAGCUAAAAAGAGGAUGGAUGCUGCAACAAGAAACACAGAGGUAAAUCAACUUCAGAAUGGUUUUAGAAGAACUAAAGACGGAUCUGCAGCUCCAGGAAGCGUCUAGUUGAAGUUAUUGCUGCCAAAGGGGGAGCCACAAAAUAUUAAAUGUGAUAGUUCACUUACUUAUUUUCCCCCUUCUGUCAUUGUUUCCAUACUAUCCUAUAAAUGUUUGGGUGGUUUUAGUUAAAGCACUGUUUUUUCAUCUUUGUGAUUUUGACAACUCAAAGAGUUAAUAUAAGUAGUUAAGCACAGUUUUUAGGUACAAAGAAUAUGUAAUGUUAAAUGCACUUGAAAUUAAGGAAUAAAACCUGCAGUUUGUAGUGAAAACUUAAUACUUAUUGAGUUCCACUUUUUUUUCUUUAAAUGAUUCUUAUGACAACGUCAUAAGACCUGUCAUGAGUAUGAAUGAAUGCAGUAAAUUAUGUCAAUUUUCACAUUUGACAUUGUUUUAACUGUAUUUGAGUUAGGAUAAGGACACUUAAUGACAUCUGUAUUAAGUAUUCAUUCAUGUUUGUGAUUACGACAGUGUUAUGACACUGUUUUAAGAAGCAUUAAACUAAAGUGUCACUCUAAAAUUGCUAUAUGACAAUGUUUGCUACGAUGGUGGUACGUAGAGAUCUACUGUAUAUCUUGUUUUUAGGUAGUAUUCUUUCUGAAUAAUUUGAGAUUCACUGACAUAACGCAUACAAGUAGUGUGUACACACAUAACUAAACAAACAUGCUUACACACAUGUAACUAAACAUAAACAGUACAUUGUAGUUGUAGCAAAGGAUUGUGGAUGUAAUGUACUUCCUGAGCUCUUUCCAUCUGCUGAACUAAGCAUAUGAGCAUGACCUUCUGCUCACCCUAAUUUUCAGUCAAAGUUUUGCUCCGUAAAUUCAGGCAAGGCUGCGUGACUACAUCCUUGUGCUCCUGCAAUCACAGGGAUGCGUCAUUGACAUAAUGCCUUCCAGAGCCAUAUGUAGCUGAAGCACAAGUGCACAGACAAGUCAUGAACUUAGUUUAACCUUUAAUGUAUAUCAAAAUCCCACUGGGCAUAACCCAUACGACCACACAUACACUCUGGAGUACACAUUGAACCCUCGUUUACUACAACAAUGUUGAAAAUGUCAAAGAGGUAAUCAUUUUCCCAGCAUUUUCGUUUCAUCUGUCAUCACUGAUGCUGUGUAUUUGCUCCAGUUGGCCUUCUCUGUAUUCUAUAAAAAGAGUGACAUCAAGUGGUAAAAGGCUGCAAGUGCACGUUAGAUGUUAAAUACACCCCACACUAGAAAACAUGAUGACAUCAUUAAAUUUACUUAUGUAAUACUUUCAUGAAUCUUUUAUAGACAUUUAACAAUUAAAAAAGGCACUUUAAAUCAUAAUCUGGGCUCAGUUGUUUAUAGAUAAGUUUUUUUUCAUCCAUACUUACUCAUGACUUUGGUUCCAACAUGACAGGGUUGCUGCAACUCAUUUGGGUGCCCUAAUUUGAAAAGUCCCAAAUAAUUCAGAAGUCUUUUAACCAUGUUUUUAUUAAUGACCACUGAACAAAAUACACCACUGGGCGGCACAGUGGAAGAGUGGUAAGAACGUCCACCUCACAGUUCUGAGAGCAAGGGUUCAAUCCUGUGCUCUGAUAUUCUAGUGUGUAUUUGCAUGUUCUCCCCGUGCCUGCAUGGGUUUUAUCCGGGGUCUCCGUUUUCCUCCCACAUCCCAAAAACAUGCAUCACAGGCUGAUUGACCUUUUCAAAUUGACCCUAGGUAUGAGUGAGUACAUGACUGGUUGUGCCCUACGAUUGGCUGGCAACCAAUAAAGGGUGUACACCGCCUGAUGUCCAUUAGCUGGGAUAGGCUCCAGCACCCCCACGUCCCUCGUUAGGAUAAGCGACUUGGAAAAUGAAUGGAUGGAUGAAUGAAUGUAAUUUAAUCCCUCUGUUUUGAAUUUAAAUUACUUGAUUAGUUAUGAUUGAAUGUUCAUUCGCUGCCACUUCAAAUGGAUUGGAUGUCUCUCGCCAUCAAUUGUAGCCAAUGAGUUAAUUCACCACAAUAAGGACGGGACUCCCUUCAGCCUGCAUUGUGCAAAGGUUAGCUUAGCAUAGAUAGCGCAUCACCCUGUUGAGGACACUCAAAAUCUUUUAGAGUUCUCAAGGGCUGGGUCUGGUUCUGCUCUCGCAGCUGGGCUGUCAGCACAUUCGACAACCUUAAAUGGCAUGGAGAUUGUACAUAUGUGAUUGUGCGCGGUUCCUCCCACAAGGCCUGACACGAUUGGUCCUGGCCCCGUGAGGCCAGCUGGACCACCCCAUUGGCGUCAUGGGGACAGCUCCUUCGAGGAGUAAGUUUCCACUAUUUAAUGUCAUCUGUAAGACUUGCACACAUACAUCCUGUGACAGAUAGUAAAUGCGUGUGUACUGUAUUUAUUAGUACGCAUGGCAACCUGCAGUUUGUUCAUCCAUGGUGCUGUGAGAUGCUUUUACUUGGCCUUUAGGAAGAAGAACAAUCCUUAGAACAAAUAUAUUGUGUUUGUACCUGUUGUACAUAUGUACAUUUGGUCUAACAAUUUUUUCAUGACUGUGGUUGUAGUCUUAAUGGUAGGAUUAUUCUUGACGGAAAUGUGGCACUCAAAAUAUUAACACAAAAGAAGUACCGUAAUUUUCGCACUAUAAGGCGCAUCUGACUAUAAGCCGCCACCCACCAUAUUUGACACGAAAACGACAUUUGUUCAUAGAUAAGCCUCACUGGACUAAAGGCCCCAGCUGUCCUCACUGUAUUAUAGGAUAUUUACACCAAAAGAUAUUAAGACUUUAUUUGACAGCGGAAUCAUACGACUUUGAACCAAUUGGCCGCAAAGCUUCAUUGGUUGAAGAAGCUUCAUUUGGCCAAUACUGCUCCCUUGGGGGAGACAGUCAAUCUCUGCUGCCACCUGCUGUCAACACUGCUGUUGUCCAACAUGCCUCCUAGCAUGCACUGCUGCACUACAGAUGUAAAUAACAAUGAAAAUUCUUGUUCUAUGCUAAUUAUUUCUUCAGUUACUGUUCAAGUUGUUUCAUUAAUUGCUAGAUAUUGUAUUUUGCAACACUUUAUUUGACAGUGGUGCCAUAAGACUGUCAUUAGACAAUCAUAAUUAAGACAUGACACUGUCAUGAGCGUUAAUGAAUGCUUAUAACAGGUCAUUGAGUGUUAUCCGGCAAAUGAUCUCACUUUUGAAUGGAUGUAAAAGAUCUGAGCUGGACAUAAAUGGAGUUAGUUACAUAAUUUGCCGGAUGACACUUAAUGACAUCUGUCAUAAGCAUUCAGUAAUGCCCAUGAUAGUGUCAUGUCAUAACUAUAACGGUCCUAUGACGCCGCUGUAAGUGUUACCUCUUAACCCAAAUAAAUCUACAAAUAAACUGCACUGGACUAUAAGCCACAGGAUUCAAAAUGAAGGGAAAAAAUCGCGGCUUACAGUUCGAAAAUUACGCUAAUAAACUAGUAAUAACACUGAUCGACAAUUUUUUUUCAUUUUCUGUUGCAUGAUGUAUUUUUUUAACGUGUUUGUCUUUUUGUAAUGACUAACUCGCACAUAAAGUCCUGUGCUUAAACAACAUUUUUUUUCUUCCCUUUAAUGAAUAUGCUGUAAGUUUAGGUUGGACACAUCUUCAUGCAGCUUGUAAACAUUUUGUUUAUGUGCUGUAAAACGAUUGUUUGAAAUGCAUGUAAAUACUUGUCAGAUGUGCUGUGCAAACUGUCACAGUGUUUUUGCCGCCAAGGUCGUUAAGGGCGGCUUACAUUCCCUACCGUUGUGUCAAGGGUCCACGCGUGUGGGUGGAAGAAAAGUGGGCAUCCUGUAAGUUACGUUUGCUAAGUUAGGUACAGCGUGGGCAUGACACAGAAUGAGUGUUUGUUGAGUAACACAUUUAACUCAUUCACUCUAAAAAAAAAUCCACUGGCUCUACUUUAAAAAAUUGUUGUAACAAUUUGCAUUUAAUUUUUUAAGUAAAUUCAACUAAGCAAUGAUUAAGUACUUCCCUUAUAAAUUUUCUAACUGGACUAACUCAAUUAGUAUAGUUGAACCAUCAUUAUUUAUUGUCCUCCACAAGCUUUAUUGUGAUAGAACCAACUCAAUUUUUAUAGCAUUAAUAAGAAAUAAAACUACUUCAUUUAGGUUGCUAUAACUCCUUCAUUUUAAUUUCUCAACUCAAAAGUUGAUGCAAAAUGGUACUUAAAUUUAUUGAGUAAGAGCAACUCAUUCAUUUUCCAUGCUGCUUUUUCAUCACGAGGGUCGCGGAGGUGCUUGGAGACUAUCUCAGCUAACUAUGGGCAGUAGGCAGGGGACACCCUGAGCUGGUUGCCAGCCAAUCGCAGGGCACAAGGAGACAUACAACCAUUCAGGCCCACUCAUACCUACAGACAAUUUAGAGUGCUCAAUCAGCCUACCAUGCAUGUUUUUGGAAACCGACGCAGGCACGGGGAGAACAUGCAAACUCCACACAGGAAGGCCGAAGCCUGGGAUUGAACCCUUGAUCUCAGAACUGUGAGGCGGACGGGCUAACCACUCAGCCACCGUGCCGCCUAAGAGUAACUUGUUUUUCUAAAAUAAAUUGGACAUGGCAACUCCAGUUUUAUUUGGAAAAAUAUAUAUAUUUCAAAACUCAAAAGAAUGGACAAAAUGAAAGUGCAGAGCAAAACCAAUAUAAACAUCCUACACAUUGUCAACAGUUCACUUCAGGUGCAGGUAUAAACGAAAAGUGUACUUCCAGUACUUUGAUACACAGAUAUGGCACAACAACACACAGUGCAAAACAAGUGUACAACAAAAUGUUUGCAAAUGUACAAACAAUAUAGGGUGAUUGAAAAGUAACUCCUGUUUUAAGAUAAUUUAUUUAAAUGUUGUAAACAUUUUUGUAAUUUUUUGAGGAUGCUGCUUGAUGUAUGGUAAUGAAAUCUGUUUUCAUUUUCUUUCUGACUGCAAAUAUUGUAAGGCAGAAAAUGGCCAAUUCUUUUCCCGUGGUAAUAUGCACAUGUGAUGGGAAUUUAGGAAGUUGCACCAACUUAAUAAUGGAAUAGAAAUUAAAUUUCACUCACUUAAUCUUUCCCUUUGUUACGUGAAAGCAGAAAAGCUUAUUCCAAAACAAUAUACUUUUAAGUUAAUACGUCUUUCUUAAUAUUUAAUUUAGAUUAACUCCAUAAAAGAAGUUAUCAACUUAAUAAAACAAUGAAUAGUAAAAAAAAAAGUCAUUUUUAUGUUGAAAUAGCUCAUGUUUUCAAGUCAUACCAACUAGCCUCAUGAAUCAUUUUUUAGAGUGUUGGCUGCCAUUGAUGGCGAAAGACGUAUAAUCCAAAUUCAAUUGCUGUUGUUGGUUUUUUUUUCUGCCAAAAAGGAAAUUUAGUAACCAGCUAUUCAACAGACCAUUCAACAACCAUGAAACAGAGUUUGUUUUUUUGUGGAGGUAUUACUUCGUAUAUGGGGGCUGACCAUACAAAUAUAGGGAGGGAAAAAGAUUAUUUUUAAGACAGAAGUUUUGUGCUUUUUUUACAUUACUUGUAUACACUAAUGAACAGUUUUUUAAAACUAGUUUUAAGCUCUUUUGAUUUGUAAUUUGUAGUUGUUUUGCACUCCUCAGUCACCGUAAAGAAUAAAUAUUAAAAUGCUACAAACAAAAAUUAUUAUAUUAUUGACAAUAUGUGACUUCAAAUAACAGUCAGAGUCAUUCAUUUACUCAAAUGGAGACAUUUGCACAUUAGUUUUUCCACACACGUCAGGUCCACAACUUCAAACUCAAUGGUAGCCACAGUUUCCCAAAGCUGCAUUAAAGCUACCUACUCCUAUGUGCCAAGUGCUUAUGGAAACUAUUUUGUCCCCUCAAACAAAAUUAGCAUUGAACCAAAUGUACAUUUGGGGUUGAGCAGUGCCUUCUCUACUCUUUGAAGACAAAUGUGUUGUUCCAACACACAGUAUGCGCCCCGCAGUUAACCUCUGCACGUCACGUGGCUACACGUGAGCGGAGCUAAAAAUAGACAUUUGCUUCCAUUUAAUUGAAAGUUUAUGGAAACACUUGAUUUAUCAUCUGGUGGUUAGUGUAAUUGUUGUUUGGUCUGGAUGGGAAUUAAAAAAAAAAAAAAAAAAGAGUCAGUAUUCUGUAUUUGUCUGUAACUGAAUGUUCCCUGGACAGUCAAUUGAUCAUUUGAAUUACAAGAGUCACCCGUUGUUUAUGUUCAAGACCAGCAUGGGACAAAAGUUCAAAUCGAUGUGGGACAGCACAAAAAUACUGAAUGUGAAUAGGUAAAUAUUUAGGCACAUGAACAAACUUACGGAUAGUCAACACGAUGUCCCGUGAGCUGUCUAUUGGCAAAACUGGAACAAACUCGAUUGCAGUACUUUGCCAUGUAUGGUGUUGAAUCUCAAAGCUUGCUCUAAAUUGAAACACCAACUGUCAUUUUUAAUAAACAUCUCAAGUGUGCUCUCACUCUGAUGUUAGAACCUUCCUGGAAGCUGAAAUUGGACGAGUACAUUUAUUUAAAUGUAUUUACACUUGCCAUUAUUUUUGGUAGAGAUGUUCUCGAUCCGAUCACGUGAUCGGAAAUUGGGCCGAUAGGGCCAUUUUUCAGAGGACUGGAAUCAAGUGAAAAAGAUUGGGUCGUUAAUUAAAAAAUAUAUAUAUAUAUAUAUAUAAGUGUAACGGGUACACAGAAAGUGUAUCCGUUGUAGCACGUGGAAACCUCCCCGCCGAUAUGUAUAUAUGAAUAUCCAUUAUAAAAAAUAAUUAAUAAAUAUAGAAAUGAUAAAAAUAGACUAGAAUUUACAAUUUCUGAAGAAAUUACGAUGGCGCCUGCUGUAGUAGAUACAAAUCUAUUAGAGCUCUUCCUGUUGAUUUGAAGAGAUUUCGCGGACACUUCCUGUUGAUAUUUUGACGUACAUGGCCAUCAAUGGCAUCGACAUGCUUGGGCGCCAAUUGAAUGUCAUUGGGCUGUAAUAGUAAGUGUAUGGGCGAAAAUCAAAACUACUCAUUUUUCUGCCAUUGAAAAUGAAUGGGAAAUUUAGACGUACAUGGCCGUCAAUGUCAUGAAUGUGCAUGGCCGUCAAUGUCAUGGAUGUGCAUGGCUGUCAAUGGUAUCGAUUUACUUAGGCACUAGUUGAAUGCUAAUGGGCUGUAAUGGUAGGUUUUUGGUCAAAAACCACAACCACACUGUUUUUUCUGCCAUUGAAAAUGAAUGGGGAAUUUGGACGGACAUGGCUGUCAAUGGCACUGACUUACAUGGGCCCCAGUUGAAUGUCAAUGGGCUGUAAUGGGAAGCGGUCAAAAAUCACAACCACCUAUGUUUUCCUGCCAUUGAAAAAGAUGGGAAAUGUUUGACAUUAGAAAUGAAUGGAACGAUGUACAUGCCUGUCAAUGGCAUCCCCAUUAGAAAUGAAUGGACAAGUUUUGGCAAAUUUUGAGGGAACAGUAAGUUUUUGGCAAAUUCUGUAUACAACUUUUAAGCCUCUUAGCGUCCUGAAAUUUUUGAAAGUUUCAUACUCUGCAACACUCUCGGAAAAAGUGGAAGAGGAAGUACUGAAAACAGUACAUUACUGUAAAAUGUUUGGAACUUUUGUUUAAAAAAAAAAUCAACCCCCCAACAAACCCAAGCUUUUUUUGUAUCGGAUUGGGACUUAGUAUCAGCAUUCUCGACAUUAGGUGACUCUGACUCGGGUGCAAAAAUAUGCGAUCGUGACAUUCCUAAUUUUUGGUGUUGUGAACUAUUUCCGUGCCACUGAAAUGUGGCAUCAAAAUCAUCCUUUUGCGGCAAAUUGAAAUGAGUUUUUCACCAGUAGAUGUCCAAUCCAAACGUGCUGAGGGUUUGGCAGCGAAUGAACAUUUUUACUGUAUAUUAGGGAUGGAUAUCUCAGCGUUAGCUCACAAUAACUAAAUAGUUCAUUGUCUCAUGACUUAAUAUAGCUUAAUAUCACUUUAAUAUGACAAUACAUUCAACAUAAAAGUAUGCCGAUUACUUUUUACUUUUUAGUUCAUUACUAUACAGAAUGCAAUUAAUCGUUAAUAAUCUCCCAGUUAAUAUAUUUUUACCUGUGCAUUAACUCAUUGUCCCAUGACAAUACAGUAAGUGUGUCAAACACUUAUGAAUUCAUGAUAAUCCAAAAUGUGAUUAAUCGCUAUUAAACUCACAGAUAAUUAUUUUCAUUGUCUCCCAUUAACGGCAAUAGACUUGUGGGCCGUUUGAAAAGUGGAGAAUUUGUUCAUUGAAAUUGAAAAAAGCCACAUGAUCGGACAUCUCUCAGAGUUAAAGUGCCUGUGACACAAAAUAAAAUCUUAAAUAGCAUUAUUAUUUGAAUUAAAAUCAUAUUUUGAGAUGAAAAGACUAUAUACAACAAUUUGGCAAAGCGCAGAUGACGAGAAAUGAGUCUUUUAAUCUGCCGUUUAGCCCCGCCUUUCAUUACAGCGCUCUAGCGCCUCCAUCUGGGUGAUGACAUCGGAAGAGUAACCAUUUCAGCUGAUUUAGAAUUCAGCCCAUUGCGGGGGAAGAUUCAGAACGAGGAAAAUGCAACAGAGAGCAGCAAAAUGUCGUUGUUGUAAUCUGUCUACUCCAAUAUUUUUAACAGGAUAUUCUUUUUUAUCCAGGUAUUUCUCCCCAAUUGCUAAAUAAACGGUAUGGUCAUGACAAAUAAUAAUCUUGUACUAAAUGGAAAUUGAAAUAUUAAAAAUGCAUUUAUUCAGUACGACAGGGCUAAAGUGCUGCAAAAUGGUCAAAACUGCCGACUUCUUAAACCUUCCGAGCAGUAUUUUAUGCCAAUGGAUUUAGUCCGGCUUUUGUCAUUUCCCUGCCCCGGCUUCAGAGAGGGAGGAAAAAGUGUAAACAAAACAGAAGAAGUGAGUGCUAGGCGACAUGCAAACCCGAACCAAGUGGCUUUUCGAAGUCUUUUCCUUGCCUUUCGAACACGAAAAUUCACACAAAACUACCCUGACUCAUGUCACACACAGUGGCAGGGUUGAUUGUCUUCACUGAUAGGCCAGCCUCCAGCGGCGAGCAAGUUUCGGCUCGUCGUUCUGCUGCGGCCCCGGCAGGCAGGCGGUGCUCGUCACCGGGGACGCUGUGGGGAAUGAAUGCCAAAAAUGGCGCAUUCUCAGUGGACAAACCAGCUGACGUCGGAGCGCGUGGCUGCCCGAGCCCAAGCCGAGUUUAGAGCUUUCUAGGCGGGCAUGUGAAGAGGGCUGUGGGGGGGGGUCGAAGUCUUGACGCUAUCGAAAACCAGAGACGAGAGCGGGGGGCUCCCCGGGGCUGCUCGAGCACAGGCACUCAUCGGCCGGCAACCAUGGUGUGCGACAAGCCGCCGGUCGUCGGCCAAGUGGCCUUCUCGGUGGACAGAGAAUAUGGUCACCCACAAAAUGCAAGCCACCUCCUUAUUAAAACGCUUUCCAUGAUCGCAGUAUUCGACAUAACAUAAAACAUGUAUCUCACUCACUUAGCCAUCCGUCCAACGGUCUAUUGAUUGUCGGACUUCACGUGAACAGGAUCUUUUGGAAAUCCAAAAAGCCUCACACCACUCUCCCUGGUGCAGCAACAAAAGCCUACAGCACAUUGGGCUGGCGUGACGCAAAAAAUAAACGAAUUAAUCUGCGAAAUCGGCAGAAUCCGCGGUCCUUCUGCAUACGAUAGUAAUGGCUGUAUUGUGACGAUGAUUAGUCCACUGACGUUACAUUCGCCUUCUUCCUCAAUAAAAUUGAAUAAAUAUAUCAAUCGCUUCCACACACAUCUAACUUCCAAGUGGUCCAUUUCAUUCAGGAGCAUAAAAUAGUGCGUGUAGUAUGAAAUAACCAUUUUUUUGAGUCACAGGCACUUCAAGUAAAACAGUCCAAAUGGAUUGGACGUCUAGCGCUGUCAGUCAAUGAGUGCCCUAUAAUAUGUUAAUGCUUUACAUCUGAUCCCGUUUCGCUUUCCCGGAAUAGUACUGGAUCAUCUAAGAUUCCAGAGCCUUGUUUGUGCUGAGUGUUGAGAUUAUGCUAAAGCAUACUUAAUCCCUUUGCUCUGUGCCUCUGAUUUGUAAUUAUGCUCAAAUAUAUGAUGACACAAUCCGUUUACAUUGGAUUUACUGUCGGGGUUAUGAUCCAUGCAUUCUAUGGCACUUAUGUAUUAUUAAGACAAUAAUUAGUUAAAUUCGGGUCAGGGCAAGUUCAAACUGACAGAACUGGUGGAUUUAAAAUAUUCCCGCAAAGGUCAAGCACCUUUAUUUUACGGGAUGGCAUCAGUCAGUUCCGGGACUGGAGUGGGUAACCUGAUCAUUUGUUUAAGGAGCUCGGAGAAGUGACGCACAAGCGUUUUACAUCCUGUGACACGCAGGAAGCAGCCAUCUCCUGAGCGUGUCGGAAUAACAGUAGACACUCACGUACUGUACGGUGGACACACACACACACACACACACAUACUGUCCGCAAAUUUGCAGACAAUGCACCUUUUGUUCGUGUGUUCAUUAUGUGGCUUGGUGAUGGAAUGAGUCAGUAUCCUGUUAAUGGGUCGCUCAGAUAUUAAAUCAUUGGAUGAAAAUUGACAGUAAUAGAUGUCCAAUUUGAACUCGGAGGGCUGGGAAGUUCGUAUAUUCGCUGCCCACUGCCACCCUCCCAGUUCAAAUGAAUUGGACAUCUAAAAGUGAAUAAGUACUUUAACUGCAAAAAAAACAAAAUGGGAAAAAAAUAAUACGAAAAAUGGAAAAAGUGAAAAAUAGAAGUACUGCAGAAGAGUUGGAGAAAAAAAAGUAAAUAAUAUACAGUCAUCCCUUGUUUUUCGCGGUUAAUGGGGACCAGAACAUAUUUUUUUCACUUUUUUCCCCAAAGUAUAAAAAAAAUAUAUAUAUAAUAUACUGGUCCCUCUAAAAAAAAAUUAGCAUAUUGUGAUAAAGUUCAUUAUUUUUUGUAAUGUGCUGUUAAACAUUAGACUUUCAUAUAUUUUAGAUUCAUUACACACAACUGAAGUAUUGUGAAGAUAUUGUGAAGAGAAAGUUGAGAGACACUAGAACCAACACUGUGGACGAUCUUAAGGCCGCUAUCCAAGCAUCCUGGGCCUCCAUAACACCUCAGCAGUGCCACAGUCUGAUUGCCUCCAUGCCACGCCUCAUUGAAGCAGUCAUUUCUGCAAAAGGAUUCCCGACGAAGUAUUGAGUGCAUAGCUGAUAUAAUUAAUUAAAGGUUGACUUUUUUUGUAUCAAAAAAACACUUUUUUGGUAUUGGUUGAAUUAAAUAUGCAACUUUUUUGAGAUUACGGUUUUGAGUAAUCAACCAGGCUGGGAGUUUUUAAAAGCCUCAGGAAUCUUUCACAGGGGUUUUGAGUCAAUUCGUUGAUUCAGAUGAUGAGGUUAGUAGCUUCUUUAGACUACCUUUUCAUGAUAUGCUAUUUUUUUAGGUAGGGAUUUUUGUUUUUCCUUGACUUUUUUGCCUAAGCCAUCAAUAUUAAAACAAUAAAAGGCUUGAACUACUUCAUUUGUGUGUAAUGAAUCUAAAAUAUAUGAAAGUCUAAUGUUUAACAGCACAUUACAAAAAAUAAUGAACUUUAUCACAAUAUGCAAAUGUUUUGAGAAGGACAGUAUGUAUAUUUUAAUAAAUUAUAAUAAAUGGUUUUUAAGCACUUCAAAUGUAAUAGUUAUGUUUUAAACAUGUUACUGUCCCACCGAAAUAUUCUUAAACAAGAAUAAAUUACUGUAGUAGAAAAAUGCUUGACUUUAUUAAAUGCUUCUGUUACUUCCCUUUGCUGUGACAUGUGGAAAUUACAAAUGACUCAGGAUCACUUUUAACAUGUGGCGUUUAUUGCCGCGAACACAACACAUACGGCUGCCUCGAACAUCACCACACACACACAUCCAUUCCAGCGCACGCGUCCAUAUCCCCCCGCCCGAGCAUGCGCACGCAGGGCCUGUCUGUCCCAAGGCAGCACUCGCAACACUUCAACCCUAACCCUGAGUCUACUCAAAUCCUCUCGCCUACACACAAUGAAUUGCCAGAGCAAUUGUUUAACAAUGAUUGACACAUGCGACGCUUCUGAAGCUUGUGACUCUGGCAAGAUCAAGCACAAACAUCUGUCAACAUCGUUAAUGUUACGUUUCUGGGUGAGCGGGGGACCCAGAUGCAGAGAGGAAGGCAAGGUGGCAGAGUUAACAAUUGUUUAUUGCAGAAUAUAAAGAUGGUCUGUGUCCAAAAAGUCAGGCGGCAGUUGUUGGGUGACCAGGCAAGUUGUCAAGGCAGGCGAGUAACAUAGAAUCUGUAAGCAAGGCAGAGUGAGUAGAAUAUCAGAAAUACUUGGAAAAAAGCAAAUGCUAGCGUCACAAACUCGUCAAGUAGAGUAGUUGAUCUGGCGAUGAAGUGAUGCCAGGGACUGGCUUAAGUAGGCUGCUAAUGAUGAUCGACUGCACCUGGUCCCAGGCUCACCCAUCUGCCCAAUCCUGCAAUCAAGACACACACGCACGCACACACACACAAACAGGGAGGAGGAGCAGGGCUCAGGAGACUGAGGCCCUAACAGUACCCCCCCUCCUACGGGCGCCACUUGGCGCACCAGCCAGCCGACCAGGGUUCUGACGGUGAAAGUCACGGAUAAGGGACCGACACAGCACAUGGCGGGCGGGGACCCAGCUGCGCUCCUCAGGCCCGUAACCCUCCCAGUCCACCAAGUACUGGAGGCCCCGACCUCGUCGGCGGACGUCCAGCAGCCUCCGGACAGUGAAGGCGGGAUGCCCAUCGAUGAGCCGGGGAGGAGGAGGAGCUGGCACCGAAGGAGACAGCGGACUGGAUGAGACUGGCUUUAUUUGGGACACAUGGAAUGUGGGGUGGACUCGAAGAGAGGCAGGAAGCUUGAGGCGGACAGCGCUUGGGUUUACGAUUGCCACGAUUUCGUACGGGCCCACAAAACGCGGCGACAGUUUUCUGGACUCCACUUUGAGGGGGAGGUUACGGGCACUGAGCCAGACCUGCUGUCCGACGUUGUAGGUGGGCGCAGGCGUGCGGCGGCGAUCGGCCUGCGCUUUGGAGCUUGAGGCUGCGCGGAGCAGGGCCGUGCGGGCAGUCUUCCAGACCUUGGCACACUUGCGCAUGUGGGCUUGUACUGAUGGAACAGCACAUUCCGUCUCCUGCGACGGAAACAGGGGGGGCUGGUAACCUAAUGAACAUUGAAAGGGGGACAAACCAGAGGAAGCGCUUGGCAGCGUGUUGUGCGCAUACUCGACCCAGGCAAGAUGUGAGCACCAGGAAGAGGGAUGCGUGCUGGUCAUACAGCGCAGGGCUGACUCCAGUUGUUGGUUGGCUCGUUCUGCUUGCCCGUUAGUCUGUGGGUGGUAUCCGGAAGACAGACUGAUCUUGACGCCCAGGGCUGCACAGAAAGCCCUCCAGACUUGGGAGAUGAACUGGGGACCACGGUCAGACACAAUGUCAGCAGGGAUUCCAUGAAGACGAAAGACGUUGUUGACCAGCAGGUUUGCCGUCUCCUUAGCAGAUGGGAGUUUGGGUAAUGCAAGGAAAUGAGCAGUCUUUGAGAAACGGUCUAUGACUGUGAGUAUGACUGUAUUACCCUUAGAUGGCGGGAGACCAGUGACGAAGUCAAGAGCAAUGUGCGACCAUGGGCGGCCAGGAACAGGAAGUGGUUGAAGAAGACCGGAACUGGGCUUGGUGGAGGUCUUAUUACGGGCGCAGACCGUGCAAGCUGCCACAAAGGCUUUUGUGUCCCCUUCCAUGGACGGCCACCAGAAUCGCCGUCUGAUAAAGGCCAGUGUUCUACGCACACCAGGAUGGCAUGUCAGGGGUGUGGAGUGCCCCCACUCCAGCACCUGGGCCCGGACAGAAUCAGGCACAAACAAACGGUUCUUGGGGCCUCCCCCUGGAUCUGCUUGUUGCGCUUGGGCCCGCUUGACCACCGACUCGAUCUCCCAAUUGAGAGAUGCCACAAAACAGGAAGGGGAUAGAAUGGGUUUGGGUUCUGGUCUUUCACCAUCGGGUGCGAACUGGCGGGACAGUGCGUCAGGCUUGAUGUUCUGAGACCCUGGACGGUAAGAGAGAGUGAAGGAGAAGCGGUCGAAGAAGAGAGCCCACCUUGCCUGCCUGGAGUUCAGUCUCUUGGCCGACCGAAUGUACUCCAGGUUUCGAUGGUCUGUCCAGACGACAAAUGGGUGCUCUGCCCCUUCGAGGAAGUGGCGCCACUCCUCCAAAGCAAGCUUCACUGCCAAGAGCUCCUUGUCGCCAAUGCUGUAAUUGCGCUCUGCCGCCGAUAGCCUGCGGGAAAAGAAUGCGCAUGGGUGUACCUUGCUAUCCUCCGAGCGCUGGGAAAGCACAGCUCCCACUCCUAGAUCUGAAGCGUCCACCUCGACAAUGAACUGGCGUGUUAGGUCAGGGUGACAAAGGAUGGGUGCAGAACUGAACCGCCUCUUGAGAUCACUGAAUGCUGCUUCCGCUGCAGCAGUCCACUUGAAUGGUACUGACGGAGAGGUGAGGCCUGUGAGGGGGGCAGCAACCCGGCUGUAGUCCCUGAUGAAUCGCCGGAGGAAGUUCGCAAAUCCCAAGAAGCGCUGCAGGGCCUUCCGUGAGGCUGGUCGGGGCCAAUCAGUGACAGCUGUCACUUUGGCGGGGUCCAUUUUCAAUUCUCCCUUAGCGACGACAAAGCCAAGGAACGUGGUAUGAGCGACAUGAAAUUCGCACUUCUCGGGUUUGACGUAGAGUUGGUUUUCAAGUAGCCUUUGGAGCACCUGCCGAACAUGACCUACGUGUGCUGUGAGGGAAUCUGAAAAAAUAAGAAUGUCGUCCAGGUAAACAAACACAAAUACGCCUAUCAUGUCCCGCAGGACGUCGUUGACAAGGCACUGGAAGACGGCAGGCGCAUUAGUCAAACCAAAGGGCAUCACCAAAUACUCGUAGUGGCCACGAUGAGUGUUGAAGGCCGUCUUCCAUUCGUCCCCCUCACGGAUGCGGACCAGAUGGUAGGCUUGGCGUAGGUCGAGCUUCGUGAAGACUGUGGCACCAUGAAGGGAAGCAAAGGCAGAGUCGAUAAGAGGAAGUGGGUACCUGUUUUUGACUGUUAUGCUGUUAAGGCCUCUAUAGUCAACACAAGGUCGCAGGGUCUUGUCCUUCUUGCCUACAAAGAAAAAGCCAGCCCCCACCGGCGAAGAAGAUGGACGGAUUACACCAGCAGCCAAAGAUUCCGAGAUGUAUUCCUCCAUAGCUUGCCGUUCCUGGCGCGAGAUGUUGAACAGCCGUCCACUGGGAAGAGGCGCCCCAGGCUUCAAGUCGAUGGUGCAGUCAUAGGGCCUAUGAGGUGGUAGCGACUUGGCACGGCUUUUGCUGAAAACGGGAGCAAGAUCGUGAUAACAGGCUGGAACAAGGGACAGAUCUACCUGCUCUGGAGCUGGUUGUGCAACAGUGACCACGGCGGCAGAUCCCAGGCAGUUACUGAGGCAAAAGUCGCUCCAAGCCGAUACGCUGCCCCCCCUCCAAUCGAUAUUGGGGUUGUGGGUCUUAAGCCAAGGCAGGCCGAGAACUAAGGGCACUUGAAGAUUCUCAAAAACAUAAAACUUUAUUACUUCUCUGUGGUUUCCCGAGAGCACUAAGGAUAAGGGGGCAGUCUCCUGAGUCACACAAUAUAACAGGUCGCCAUUGAGGGCUCGGGCCUUGAUCGGGGUUUUUAGGGGCAGUAGAGUGAUCCCCAUCUGGUCGACCAGGGCACGGUCAAUUAGAUUAUCGUCUGCACCAGAAUCAACAAGGGCAUAUAACGGGAUAGACUGUUCUCUCCAACAAAGCAUGGCAGAAAGCUUUAAACGUGCGAUUGUUAUGGUUUGAUCAUGACUCACCGGGCUGUUCUUGUUGGAGAGUGGAGUGGCCCUCCUCCCUGACCGCACAGGGCAGUUGAUGACAAAAUGGUUUUCACCCCCACAGUAAAGGCACAAAUUGGCACACCGCCGGCGCUCCCUCUCCUCAGUGGAAAGCCGGGCACGUCCCAACUGCAUUGGCUCAGGCCCUGCGCUAGGGCGUAGAGUAGACGGGGAGCCGUGCCCUCCAUGGAAUGAAGGUGUGAGUGGGACAUGUGGCUGGGUGGACGAGAAAGCCAGUGGUCCCAGAUGUCUCAAACGUUCCCUGUGGCGCUCACGGAGACGACAAUCUAGCCGGAUGGAAAGGUCAACGAGCUGGUCGAGGUCAGCAGGCUCAUCCCGGGCGGCCAACUCAUCCUUAAUUGAGUCGUUAAGGGCACCCCGGAAGAUCUCCUGGAGUGCCACAUUGUUGAAGCGACUCUCGGCGGCAAGCGUCCUAAAGCGGAUUGCAAAUUCUGCUACGCUGUCUGUGCCUUGCUGGAGCGACAUGAGGCGCUUCGCUGCCUCCCUGCCGCGCACUGGGUGAUCAAACACCUUUUUCAUUUCCUCCGUAAAGGCGUGAUAGGAGGAGCAGGCAGGAGAGCACCCCUCCCAUGUCGCUGUAGCCCAUUCUAGCGCGGCACCACGAAGGCAGCCAAUGAGGUAUGCUAUUUUGGCAUCUUCAGAAGCGUACGUGUGGGGCUGCUGCGUGAAAACGAGUGCACAUUGAACCAAAAAGGCUCGACAAGUCCCCAAGUCUCCGUGAUAAGGAGCAGGUGCCGGGACAAACGGCUCUCUGGAGGUAAAAGGGGCUGUGUAAAGCGACUCCGGAGCAGGUGGCACCUGCUUAAAGGCUUGAGGGGAGGAGAGCCCAGCCUGGAGUCGAGCCAGGGUUUCGGCAAAUUCACUUAACUGUCUCGACAGGGCGGAGAUUGCCUCACCGUGUAGCUCCAGAAGGACGUCCUGGGCAGCUGCUUGGCGGUGAAGCGGUUCGGUCUCUGCUGGGUCCAUAUUACGGCCAGAUCAAGCUGUUACGUUUCUGGGUGAGCGGGGGACCCAGAUGCAGAGAGGAAGGCAAGGUGGCAGAGUUAACAAUUGUUUAUUGCAGAAUAUAAAGAUGGUCUGUGUCCAAAAAGUCAGGCGGCAGUUGUUGGGUGACCAGGCAAGUUGUCAAGGCAGGCGAGUAACAUAGAAUCUGUAAGCAAGGCAGAGUGAGUAGAAUAUCAGAAAUACUUGGAAAAAAGCAAAUGCUAGCGUCACAAACUCGUCAAGUAGAGUAGUUGAUCUGGCGAUGAAGUGAUGCCAGGGACUGGCUUAAGUAGGCUGCUAAUGAUGAUCGACUGCACCUGGUCCCAGGCUCACCCAUCUGCCCAAUCCUGCAAUCAAGACACACACGCACGCACACACACACAAACAGGGAGGAGGAGCAGGGCUCAGGAGACUGAGGCCCUAACAGUUAACUUCAAUAGCAACUCCACUGCAGUGCCGCAGCAGGGAGAGGGAGGGAGGGCGCGAGAGUGAGACUUUGCGAUUGCCUGUGCUCAUCUGUUUUUUUAAAUUGAAAAAAAAAUCUGCGAUGUACUGAGGGCGCGAUGUUUGAAACGCGAAGUAGUUUAAAAAGUAAUUUAAAAAAUUGUUUAAAAAAUUUUUUUAAACCGCAAAAAAAAGUGAAAAAUUCAAAACGUGUGUAAGAUGCUGAAACCACGAAAGAUUAAAAAAAAAAAAAAAACUGCAAAAGAAAUUUGAGAUAACAAAGCCAAAGAAGGUGGAACGAUUGAUGAAAAACAGCAAAAAAUUAAGAAAUAAAAAAAUAAAAAAUAAAAAUGAACCGUGGGCCCCAAAUGACCCGCAGGCCAGGCUUUGGAUAGCCCUGAUGUCAUUGAAUAAGACCUUUAUAAAAAACAAAAUCUUCUGUUAUAAUCUUCAUGAUCUCCAGGAGAUUAUUCCAGACAGCAAGUUAAUAAAAAUCCAAAUUCAUACUCAUACUUGGAUUCCAUUGACAGCAGAUAGACAUCCAAUCCAUUUGAAGUGUGAGGGUUGGCAGCGAAUGAACUUUGUUGACAUUCAUUCAUUCAUUCAUUCAUUCAUUCAUUCGUUCGUUCUACUGAUGACAUUUCCAAUUCACAGCACAAUGAUUGCAUUCCACACGAAUGAACGUCUGAAAGAAUGAAUUAUCAUGAUGUAUUUUUACCCCUGAAAGUGUGUAUGGGUGUGUACCCAAAUACUUCAACUGUUUAUUUUCCCCUCAAUUUUCCCUUUAUUUGGAAUAGUUGCACAACCGUUUCCUGUGGCAGACAAUGAAAGGCGAUUAUGCAAUCAAACACACCGGGAGUGCUCUCACAGGGCUGAAAACAUUCAAGGUGGAGGGUGAUAUUUUUGCUUGAUGAUCCCUCCCGUGUGUCUUCUUAUUUACAUAAUGACUGUUAGUUUGUGUUUUCUCAAUCUCGUAAAAAAGCCCAACAGAGAGCAAACGUUUCCUUACCUCUAGAGCUUGUCGAGGUCACCACGCUAGUGUGUUCAUUUGUUUGUUGAGCUUUAGAACAGGCGCACUAUAAAGUUUCAGAACCUCACAGCGUAUGAGCAAAAUAAUAUUUUUGCAGUUAGCAGGAGACACAUUUUUAAAAUACCUUUUUCCUCUGGUGGGUCUGCCAAGUACACGGAUGAACAAAAGUAGUUCUAAUAUUUAAAUCACCAAACAAUGAUUGUUACAUAUGUAGAGCAGUUGUUCCAACACAUCUUAACUCUUUUGGUUGUUUAGAUUUAGCGAGGUCGAGAAUGUUUCCUUGAGCGGCAUCUAAAAUAUUUUUUUUUGUUGAUUGAUCUUAUUGUUGCAGGCUGCGAAGGAAGAAUGUAAAUUUGUCGCAGCACUAAUUUCUCUCUUCACAGUUGGCUUUAAUGAGGACUCAAAUUGAGAAAACGUGUUUGGCUUUACACGUGCACAAUUUGCAUUUGCCCACACGUUUUCUCUUUCACAGCCAGGUGUGCGUAUGCAUGUGUUUGAACUAUUAUCUGCGACACCUAACAGUGUGUCAACAUCUGCUGUGAGCGCCUUGGAGGGGGGGGGGGCUCUCAGUCCCUGAGUGAGCUUUUGCAGGUUCUGUUUUUUUGGCAAAUCUGCACGCAUGAGCUAUUUUUAGGAACGAUUUACACUUUUUUGUAUGCUUCAGUGGUCAAGAAGUGUUAUGUGUCGUCUGCGUUAAGUGUUUGCGUAGCGGUUCUGUUUUGUAUUGGGGCCCAGGCGAGCUUUUCUAAACAAAAAGCAGAGAACACUGUUUAUUGAUUCGGGUGGCUUUCAUAUAUGGAAUCACAGGAGUCCCAAAAUAAAUAAAUAAAUGAAUGAAAAAAUAAAUAAAUGAAAAUAGAAAAGUAUAUUUUGUCAUUGAUUUUAACUUUUUGCCAAUGGAAAUCACAAACAAACAAAAAAAAAACAUUGACAAUUUUUAUCAUUGACUUUUGCCUUUUUUCAUUGAAAAACACAAAAAAAAAUAUUUGCCUUUUCUGUUUCACUUGUCAUUGUCUUUGCCUGUGCUUUUAGCGAAAGGACUGGUCUGUCAAUCAAAUGAAAUUGGGAGGGGCUUUCCGGUAUUACUUUACAAUAAGGGUCCCUUAAUUAACAUUAGUUAAUGCAUUUUUAGACAAUAACUCAUGUUUAAGUAACAUGACAAUAAUUCAUUUAAUCCCUUAUCUAACAUUUAUUACUAUAUAAAUUAACAUGAGUUAAUGCAUUAGUUAAUGCAUUUUAAGACAAUAACUAAUGUUUCAGUAACAUUACAAUAAUUAAUAUAAUUGCUUAUCUAACAUUUAUUAAUAUAUUAAUUAACACGAGUUAAUGUAUUGGUUAAUGGAUAACCAGACAUUUACUAAUUGUUUGGUAAAAUUAAAAAUAUAUAUAGGCCUAUAUAGGUUUAGGGUUUAGUGUUAGGGUUUGUUCAUUUAAGCAUUUAUAAUUUCUUAGUUAAGGGACUCAUGUGCUACACUUUAGUAUAAGGGUCCAAAAAGCAUUCAGUAAUGGUUAAUAAAGGUUAAGGGGGGGGAACUUAAGCAUUUAUAAUUUGUAAAUUAAGGGAUACGUGUGCUACACUUUACAAUAAGGGUCC